CCUACAGGUCGCAAGAAUAACGACGACGAUGGCAGCAGAAGAAGGUUCGACGCAUCGAGAACCAGACCCGGAGACAAGUGGAGACCCGACGUUUGUGGAGUCGAGUCAAGAGGCUGAAGGUUGACUUUGUCAGAUUGGACAGUACCGGUCGUUCGUGCCACUUGGACGGGGCAGCACCCUGAUACCCCUCUUGGGAGGAAGGGAGGGAAGGAAGGAAGGAAGGAAGGAAGGCAACAGAAUGUGGAGCGAAUCGGAUGGCCGACGCAAAAGUCCUGCUGCACAUCUGCGCUUUCCACUGGACUGGAUAUCAUGGAUUCCAGUGGCCCAUCUUCUGUUGCGAGAAAGGGAAGGGUGGUGGUCUGAAGGUGGCCCGAGGCUCCGUCAUCCGUGCUCGGCCUAUGGCAGAGUAGAGUAGAGUAGAGUAGAGGAGAGGAGAGAUGGCCGACUCGAAGAGAAUAAUUCGAACGAGUUUUUUUUUUUAAAUGAGGGAGAUCGAGCGAGUGCUUGAGGGAGGGAGGGAGAUGUGUUUAUCGUAGAGCUCAUGCACCUGAGCUUUGGAUCUGAUGGUGUGGAGUAUGAGAUCCUCGAGGACUGGGCUUCGAGAGAUUGAAGGUCCGAAGAUCAGAAGAGGGUGGAGCUGGAGGAGGGAGACAUUGAUGCAUGCCAGUGAGUGAAUGAGUGAGCGAGUGAUCUUUGUCUGAAUUGUCUGAAUUAAUCGGUUGGCAGCAAGCGAGUGGAGUGGGCUCGAUGAGGAGGUUUGCGUUGACAUCGCUGAGGAGGAAUGCGAGAUGCGAGGAAGUGGAGCGCAUUCUCGUGGCGGCUCCGAACCAUGUCCCGACUCCUGUUCGGCCUGUCUCGUCUUACUUCUCCUUUCCUGUAUACAAGCCAUAUUUACAGCGGACCUCCAGCUUCAGGGAAUUCCAUAGCUCCAAGUUUUCGAGUCAAAUUGCUCUGGAGGAGCCACAGCAGCACAAGGCAUCGGAAGUGGAAAGGAUCAAGAAUGCCCUGCCAGCCACAAGAGAAGGGCAGAAGGCUCGGGUCGUUGUGCUGGGGGCAGGGUGGGCUGCCUGUCGGCUCAUGAAGGAUCUCAACACCAAAUUAUACGAUGUAGUGUGCAUUUCUCCGCGGAAUCACAUGGUCUUCACUCCUCUGCUUGCAUCCACUUGUGUCGGCACUCUGGAGUUCCGCUCCGUGGCCGAGCCCGUGCGAACAAUUCAGCCUGCCACGGCCAAGGAGAAAGACUCCUACUUCUUCUUGGCCCAUUGCACGCACAUUGACACCGAAAACAGACAGGUAAUUUGCAAAGCACUGGGGAAAGAUGAGACGGCGUUCAUGAAAGCUUCUGGAGAUUUUGUGGUAGCUUAUGACAAGUUGAUCAUCGCGUCCGGUGCCGAAGCUCUUACUCUUGGUAUUGCUGGAGUUCCCAAACAUGCCAUCUUCCUUCGCGAGGUGAAAGAUGCCAAGGCAAUCCGGUCGAAGCUGCUACUCAAUCUUGCUCUUGCUGAAAUUCCUGGAGUUUCAGAAGAAGAGAAGACCAGAAUAUUGAACUGCGUCGUAGUCGGUGGGGGUCCCACAGGUGUGGAGUUCAGUGGCGAGCUCAGUGAUUUCAUUAAAAGGGACGUUCUCCAGAAAUUCUCGCAUAUGAGGGGCAAAGUUCACGUCACACUUAUUGAAGCUAAUGAAAUUUUAUCCUCUUUCGAUCUUCGAUUGAGGCAAUAUGCAACAAGUCACCUUGAGAAGGCAGGAGUCAGGCUGGUUAAAGGGAUGGUCAAGGAUGUCGAUGCCGAAAAGAUUACAUUGAGUGACGGGUCUGAGGUUCCAUAUGGCCUUUUGGUUUGGUCGACAGGUGUAGGCCCAUCAGCGUUUGUCAAGUCUUUACCUUUUCAGAAGUCACCCGGUGGCAGAAUUGGUGUGGAUGAGUAUCUUCGAGUUCCUGGAUAUGAAGAUGUGUACGCUAUAGGCGAUUGCGCAGGUUACCUUGAGAGUACAGGAAAGCAAGUGCUGCCUGCUUUAGCUCAGGUUGCAGAACGAGAAGGAAAGUAUUUGGCAAGAGUUUUGAACGAAUUUGGAAAACACGGGGCAGGUCGUGCAGGCGCUAAACUUGACUCAGCGGCAAUCAAGCCGUUUAUAUACAGGCAUCUAGGAAGCAUGGCUUCUGUGGGUAGCUACAAAGCGUUGGUGGAUCUUCGUGAUACGAAGAAAGCAAGCAAGGGAGUUUCUAUGGCAGGAUUUUUGAGCUGGAUUGUGUGGCGAUCGGCAUACUUAACCCGAGUCGUGAGCUGGAGAAAUCGUAUUUACGUUGCUCUCAACUGGACUACAACUCUAAUCUUCGGUCGAGAUAUUACACGCAUUUAAGGACCUUCUGUGAUGCACUCUACUGAGGUCGGCUUGACAUCUGUGGGAGUAUUUCGUUGAAGGGAUUGAUCAGAUUUUGUUCUCCACACAUCAUACCUGAUAUAAACAGUACAUCAAACAUACAGGUUCAUCAUGUAAGCAGGUAAGUUAGUUUGAUCUACCAACGACACACCAGUGUAAGUUAAAACGGUGAGAUAGUGUAACUGUGUAUCUUCACUUGUAAAGCAUCUUUGUCAAUUUUGGAACCUUGUGCCAUACAUUUAGAGGAGACCACUGUCGUCCUAAAAUCGGAUGGCAACGUUGUUGGGAGGCACUUUUCAAGUGCCCAGCUUCGUUCUACACAUGAACUUGUUGAUAUAUGACUAGGACCAGUAUUCCUGUCUCGGGCUGAAGUCUAUCAACUAGCUACACGUAAACAAACCAAUAAAAGGUCCAUACACAGCAAUUUUACAUGACAUUACAGAAAACGCAAAGUUCACUCACUCUACUAUUGGCGUGUACAAAUUUCCUGAGUUUUGGACCAUCAUUAGACUCUCAAGAAGUAUAUCCCUGACGAAAAUUCCUCAACCACUUGGUAGAUAAAGUGACGAUAUGUGUUCAAGUCUAGUAGAUCCAGAUAUUGAAUCUACUAGACAUGAACACAUAUCUUCACAUAGAUCCCAACACGAGAAUUCCCCAAGUCAAGGAACGUAAU